UGACUAACUGUAUUCUAUCUAUUCAGGUUGAAAUGCAAUCAAACUUAGACCCUGACUUCAGUGUAUGAUGAAAUGCAUUUAAUAAUACUGCCAUUGAUUGGUAGCUAAGAAUGAGAAAGAGAUCUGUUUGAUAUCGCUAUCUCAGUUAUGCAGAACUAAUUUGAUAAUACGAAAAGAAACGGAAAUUAAUUGCGAUAAUUCUAUGGACAAUGAAAUUGUAGUGGAGCCAUUACAGUGCUACUAUCUAUUGCAGCACCAGAAACGUACAUUCCAUUUUUGGGGUCGUUUGGAAACAUCGACUUACUGAACAUACUGAUGAAAUUACGGUCGUUGUAUUGAGUCGAAGGAGAGUCAUAAAAAGGCCAAGCCAUACAAACUGGUCAUGGCAUUUGAUGGAGUCAUGGCCAAUUGGAUACAUCACACUGUAUCCAAAAGAGAAGCAGACCCUCCGAAUAGUCCUAAUGAUUUAAAGAGAAAUAGUGGGGGCGGAUCCGGUGGAAGUGGUGGGGGGAGUGGGGGUGCUGGUGGUGGUAAUGCUGGGGGUGUGGCUCCUUUUGAAUUCAUGAAGAGUGCCUACUUCGUCGUCGUCAUUUCUCUAUCUAUCAUUUGUGGUCUGAUUAUCCUUAUCUUUGUCACUCGGUACGCCAGAAGACAGUACGCCAAAGGGCACCUCGACACUCAUCUCGUCAAGAGAAAACACAGAAAGCUAUGUUGUCGAAAACGGCGGAAAGAGUUGACCCAGGAGAUAGCAGUGCAGCAGUUGAGGUCUCACGAGGAGGUGGACUGUGACCCAGUGCUACUCACAGAGUCUCUCAGUGGAGUUCCUGUCAACGAGGAGACUGAGAAGAGUUACUACUUCAGAAUGAAGGCACUUGACCAGAUACACGAUCUAGAUGACUGCAUAGUUCGCAGUUGUAAGAGCGACAAUCCUCAAGUACUCAAACAGAUUGCCAGAGCUCCAAGGAGUGACCUAAAAAACUACUUCCGCAAAGUCAGGGAACCCAUCCAUAUUGAUGAUGACCAGAGUUCAGGAGGUAAAUCCUUCUCCUCUGGCAAGCGAAAAAGACGCAAGAGCAACCCUCAAGGUCUCUUGCGGGGAGAUGAUAACAGGAAGUCAGUAGCACACCCGGGUAUGACGACCCAGGGACCCCUAUGGGGAACAAAUCUGGAACUAACCAAGAAUUUCAGAAUCGAAUAUGACGUCGCAAGAUUUGGUCCUGCACCAUUCAACGCCAACCGAUAUUCCCAGUACACAGAAGCUUUAAACCAGCUCAAGCAAAGUAUAACCAGUCAGUCGAAACCCCUGAAAAACAAGCGACAAGGAGCUGGAGGAUCAAUGAUGGGGGGAUCCAAAGCAGUGUCGUCAGUCUCUCACAACAAAUCCACAUCCGGCGGCCAGAGCUCCCUCUCCAAGGGUCUAGGCGAGUCGGUAGCUUUCGCAUCGAUAUCAGGCGCACCUGUUAAGUCAAUCAACAACCAACAGACGUCACAUAGAAAUCAACAUCAUAACUUGACCUCAACAGCACAAGCGUUGUUAAAUAAUCCCAGGUCAAACAUACAACACAGAAAACAACAGCAAAGGUCAAAGUUACAGGUCCAACCUUCAGAAGAAGAGUAUUUUCAACUCACACCCACAGCAUCGGUUAGGUCAGAUAUUAGUGCAGCUAAUGUGAAUUCUCUGUCAAGAGAGGGACUGAGGUCAUUUCAGAAUACAAAUUCGAACACGAAGAAUAGUUUGAAAGAAAGUCGACCAUCAAAUAGAUACACAACAGAUUUGACUACAGGGGUGGCAACGAGUAAUACAGUUAAUAGUGGCACUGAGUUUCUUGAAAGUAGUGUGGAAGAAUCUUCAGAUACAGACGCUACAGUGGAAAGGCUGCCUCUUUUGCCCAGAAAUGAGUACUCUAAUUCUAGUCAACCGAGGGGAAGUGGUAUGACUACCAGUACUCUAAACCCUAAUCACAGUGUAUCUCAAACGCACAAACAAAGAUCAACAGGAAGUAGAAGUCAUAGCAAUUCGAGCAGAAGACGCGAGUCAAAUUUGUAAAUUUGGAAUGACACUGAUUUGCAACAAAAUUCCUUAGUAAUUUCAUUUUAUAAUCUUUUUCGUGAAUGCAGUUGCGCGAAAUUUUUGAAGUAGUUUUAUACAAAUUAAACGUUUGAUUUAAGCUAGUUAAGUUUUUCAUUUA